AUGGGUCGAAAAAAAAUUUAUGUCGUAUUUGUGGGCAAAUCAACUGGUAUUUUUGAGUCAUGGGCUGAUUGCAGCAAAGAGGUGCUUGGAUUUAGUGGCAGCUGUUUUAGAGGAUACAACACCAUAGAAGAAGCUAUAGAAGAAUAUGAGUCAUAUUUUGGUCGUAUCACAGUCACACCUCACAAGGUAAACCCUGAUGAUGAAGAAAACAAGAAUAAAAUUCAGUAUCAAACAAAUGGACCAAACGCAACUGCCGAAGAAACCUCAACUUCAGUUGAUGAGAACGAAAAAACCUCAGCAAAUGAAGUAAGUUCAGCUUUUGCUGUGGGUUUCCUUCUCGGUUCUAUGUCCAACCUUCGCAUCGGACAUGCGUAG